AUGUAUCUUAGAAAGCCUUAUAAAAGCUUAUUUAAACUAUGCUUAUUUGCAUUAGUUACAUUAUUUUUCUUUGUGUUGACAAAUCUGUCAAUCCAAAAUAAACCGAAUUCUGAUACUUAUUUAGAUGACACAUUGCAAAAUAAGAAAACUGUUACAAAUAUUUUAUUUUGGAUAAAAUAUUGGAAUGAUCCAAGUUGGUAUAUUGGAGGUGAUGAAGAAGGAGAACAAAUGUUACAGUCCAUUGGAUGUCCAGCAAAAAAUUGUUUUUUUACCCACAAUAGAAACUAUCUACCAAAUAUUACAGAUUUUGAUGCCAUACUCUUUCAUGGUGCUGAAUAUUUGCAUGAAUCUGUACCACACGAGAGAAGUCCACAUCAAAUUUAUGUUUACUCGGUUCUUGAAUCUCCUAUUUUAUGUUUUGAGGAUCUAAACAGAUUUCAAAACUUUUUCAAUAUUACCAUGACAUAUCGGUUUGAUUCUGACAUUCAUUGGCAUUAUGGAUCAUUUUUCGAUAAAAAUACAAAUGAGCUUGUGGCGCCAUCAAAAAAUCCAAAUUGGAAAUUUCCAGAAAAUGAUUUUUAUGAUCAAGGAAUUAGCAAAAUCUACAGCAAUAAAAAGCGAAAGAUAGCUUGGUUUGCAUCAAAUUGUAAUUCAAAUUCUAAGCGUGAAAACUUAGUGGCAAAAAUUCAAGAACACAUAGAAGUUGAUAUCUAUGGAAAGUGUGGAACGCAUAGUUGUGAUCCAAAGUCAUCAAAAUGUGAUGAGAUGCUUACUACUGAUUAUAUGUUUUAUUUAUCCUUUGAAAAUGCUUUAUGCAAGGAUUAUGUGACAGAAAAGCUAUAUAGACCUUUAAAUGAAGUAAUCAUCCCAAUUGUAUUUAAUGGAGCCAAUACAUCUCGCUAUGCACCACCUAAAAGCUACAUUGAUGCCAAUGAUUUUGAAAAUGUAGAGGCGUUAGUAAUAUUUUUAAAGUAUUUAAUGAAUAAUCCCGAAGCUUAUAUAAAGUAUUUUUGGUGGAAGCAACAUUAUUAUAUAGUGGAUCACAAGCCGACUUUUAAAAGAGGAUUUUGUGAUUUAUGUAUGAAAGUUAAAGACAAAAACUAUCACAAUGAGAAUCAUUUGUAUGGAAAUAUUAGAGAUUGGUGGGAAACUGGAAUGUGCACAACGGAAAGUCAAAUAAAAUUUUAG